AUGUCUCGAACAGCUAAAAUUACUUUAAUUGCCGCAAUAUUUAUUUCUACUGGUACCGUCUGGGGCGUGCAUCAUCUACAAAAAAAGGAAAAAGAGUUUAUGCAUGCAGGUAUAUUAAGAGAUGAAGAGAGAAGAGCUAAAAAAAAUAAAUUUCAACAAAAUAAAAUGGAACUUGAACAACAAUUAAUUUUACAACGUGAAUAUGAAAAAAUUCAACCAGUUAAAAAAAAUGAAAAUAGAUGA